AUCCUCUCUCCCGCUGCUCUAUCUUCCUCUCUGCUUUCUAUUUUUUCUUUUUCUGUUUUUUUCACUUCAAAGCUUCCAUUCUUGAUUCCUUUCUCAAUUUUUGGUAUUUUUAAGUGCCGUUUGCGGCAAAUUAAAGCUCACGGCGAGACUUACAAGUUGAUAGGAGCAAUUCCUUGGUUGGUGCACCAUAGGAAAUUCGAAAUCCUAGGGUUUGAGUAGAAAGCAAUCUUGUGGUCUUGUCAUAAAAUCUCCCUUGAUUAUUUGGUUUGGUGUACAGAGAUUAAAUUAAAUGAAAGUCUAGGAGAAAAUCAAAUUGGAUGGAAAUCUUAAGAAAGAGGCUGUUUAAUAAAGAGGCAUUUCUUCACACUUUCGACUGCAUUUCAUCAUGUGCACGAUGACCUCACACUGAUUUCUCCCCCUAUAAAAUACAUUCCAUGUCCAAAGGCAGGGCAAGUAAGCAGAGUUGCUCAAAAAUCUGUUAAUCACUUGCCUCCACAUCCUGUUUCCAUGGCUCCAGAACCCAUUUCUCCUAUCAAAACUGGUUACAUCCACGAUGUCCAAGAAUUGGGGAAGGCCAAAUCAGUGGCCAUUCCUGAAAGAUUCGUACGCGACAUGGCUGAAAGGCCAACAGACGUCACUGUAUCUUCUUCUAGCAGCAUUCCGGUUAUCGAUGUCUCAAAGCUUCUCAAAGGCAGCAAAGAUGAGUUCCAUACUGAACUCUUGAAGCUCUCCACUUCCUGCAAGGACUGGGGUUUUUUUCAGGUGAUUAAUCAUGGGAUUGAUCUGGUUUUGCUUGAGAGCAUGGAGAAGGUGGUCAUGGAGUUCUUCAUGCUACCUCUAGAGGAGAAACAGAAGUAUCCAAUGGUACCGGGAAUUGUUCAUGGAUACGGUCAGGCUCUCGUGUUCUCAGAGGAACAGAAGCUAGACUGGUGCAACAUGCUUGCACUUAUUAUUGAGCCUCACCACCUAAGGAAUCCAAAACUGUGGCCAACAACACCAGUCCGGUUUAGUGACACUAUAGAGGAAUACUCAAGAGAGAUGAAAAGACUCUGCCAAAACUUGCUCAAAUUUAUAGCUACAACCCUUGGCUUAAAACAGGACAUAUUUGGAGAGAUGUUUGGGGAGACAAUGCAAGCAGUGAGGAUGAACUACUACCCACCAUGUCCUAGACCUGACCUUGUUAUAGGUCUAAGCCCCCAUUCAGAUGGAAGUGCCCUCACAGUGUUGCAGCAAACGGGUAGCACAGUAGGCCUUCAAAUUCUCAAAGACAACAAAUGGGUAUCUGUUCAGCCAAUCCCUAACGCGCUUGUAAUCAACAUUGGAGACACCAUUGAAGUUUUAACAAACGGGCUAUACAAGAGUGUGGAACAUAGAGCAGUGACUCACAAUGAAAAAGACAGACUCUCAAUUGUCACAUUCUACGCUCCGAACCCUGAAGUUGAGCUUGGGCCAAUGCCAGAAUUGGUAGAUCAAAACAAUCCUUGCAAGUAUAGAAGAUACAACUAUGGAGAGUAUAGCCAGCACUAUCUGGCUGACAAGCUGCAAGGCAAGAAAAGACUCGAGUAUGCCAUGAUUCAAACAUCAUAAAAGGACCCCACUAGGUAGGGCUGACGCAAGGCUUGUUUGUUUUCAACGGCUGGGCCCACAAUUUCUCAAUCACUCUGAUGUCAAGCAGAGUUGUUGCCGGCCGUUUCUGGAACUUGUAUCCUUCUUUGUGUGGCUGUUGUUGCCUUAUGGGAUUUCUUACACUGGGUCCCAUGGUGGUUUGCGUUGUUAGGUGGCUUUUGUGUGUUUGCUUCUAUCUGUACUUUUGCUGGGGCUCGUCUUUGUAUGUUUGUGAUUGUGGGUUUUGUUGUUUUUGUUGUGGUGUUGUGGCUCGCUAAUGGUUUGUUUUGGCUGUAUUUGUGGUCAUGUAUCUUGUAGAUAUCGUAUGACUUCUUGUCUUUAACCAUGAAAAAAAUAAAAAAUAAAAGUUGUAGGCCUGGCUGCAAUUCAGUUUGUACAA